AUGCCGGAGCAAAAAGAACUUUCUCUUCAAUUUGAACAUCAUAACGAAUGCUUAAGAAGACGUAGUGAAAACUACAAUCGUUUUGAUGAAGAACAUAUCGAGGUCAUUUCAGUUAUCAAAGGAUCAGAUGUGAUUUUUCCUUGUUUUCCAUGCGUAUCUCCUGAGGAUGCUGUAGAAAUAGAAUCAACAUACAAGCCUUCGUCAGGCUCCGUUGGAAGAGUUUUCAAAAAAGCUGUUGAUUUUUUCAAAAAACGUUUGUCACCAGGCUGGGGACUGUUCGAUGAGAGAAAAUGGAAAUAUGACUGGGAAUUUGCAAGACCAGGACGCAUUUGGAGAGAUCUUACAAAUAUUCACCAACGCCAGCACAAAUUAGAUGCUGUCAGCGAGAAAAUAAAAAGAUUUCUGAGUCGGGACUCCGAUCGGCAGACUUUAGGUGAUCGUUAUGAAUUGACUCUUAAAAACGUAGAUGUUAACAAUACGGGAUUUUAUCGUUGUAUCAAUAAAUAUAAAAAAGUUCAUCGAAUAAGUUUGGCUUUUUUCUUGGAUGUUCGAAGUGAGUCGAAAACCCAAAUGGUAGCAAGUGGGUCACCUGAAAUUCAAUCAGCGUAUGAGUCUUUUCCUGAACGAAAGUUCAUGAAUCAAAGUUUGAAAGCCCGAAUCAGACCCUAUCAAUGGAGUAUUUGUAACAAAUGUGGAAACCAAACGAAUGGAGAGGAGAUACGCUUACAUCAAUGUGUUAUUGAACCGAACAUACCGUUUUUGAAUAAACUACCCAAGUCUAGCGAUUGGAUCAAGCUUUUCGGUACUGCUCCCUGUGAUAGUUCCAUAGUGCCUUUAAGCUUACGCAAAUUUAUUGGACAAACCGCAAGGCUUAUUGAAUAUCGUCCUUGCAAUAACACAUGCAAAUCAUUAGAAAUUGAAGAUAGAAAUAUCACAUCAGUAGACGAACUAAGCGAUUUUCGUGUUUUGGAUUACAUUCCUAAAGGCGAAUUUCUUUUCGGCGAAAUUUUGCCGCGAUUGCUCGCUCCUGUAAUUCGAAAAGCUUAUUUGGUGGUCGAAGGAGAUUCCAUCGUAUUGUCUUGCAUUGUCAAUCCGGAUGAACCAACAGGCAUCCAAUGGCAUACUGACAAAAUUUUAAACUUCGGAAUUGAAAUUAUGAAAGAGAAGUUUAAAGGGAGAAUAACUUUGGACGAAAGCUCUCGAUUAAUCAUCAGCAAUCUCCAACUAACUGAUUCAGGAUUCUAUUACUGUUAUAACACAGAGAAAGUCUUAGUAGCUGUUCAUAACCUCAUGGUUACAGAAAACGAAAAAACAAAAGAAAUAUUGGCAAAUAUGGAAAUGUUUUUGCGCUUCGUCGCAUUCACGUUGAUCGUUAUCAUGAUUAUCUCUCGUCUUUUAGAGUAG